AGUCUACCCCUCUAUUACUGCUCAGAAUUCCCCGGGUUCCUCCGGAACUGUUCGGUCGUUUCCGUUUCCACAUCGGUACCAAUCGGCUCUUUCUGUUUGUUUAGCCGCCGCCCCCUCCCUUUUUGCGUUCAGGCUCGUUUGUUUUCGUCUUGCCGAGGCUUUGAUCGAAUCUAUUCGGAAGCCCUCGAAUCGGGUUUAACCAUAAUCGGAGAUAUUCGGCUAUCUUCGGACCUGGGGAUGAGGCGCUGGGGCACUUGGGUGUUUGGGGCUGGUUUGAGACCGGAAGUACGUGGGUUACUGGGCUGGCUCAGCUUAGGGUUUUCAGGAAACAUGGAAGAGACUGCGGGAGUUGGAGCUGAAAGACUCUAGUGAUCUCUGGGCGCCCUUUGAGAGGAAAGGGGAGGUAACUAACAGGAUGCCACUGGAAUCGUCAUCUUCGUCAAUGCAACCAUCUUUCCCUUCUGUAUUACCUUCAGUGCCAGAUGACAUUGCUGGCUCGUCCCCUCCUCCAAUGUCUUACAUCACUUCCCAGGAGAUGAAGUGUAUUCUUCACUGGUUUGCCAGUUGGUCGGGUCACCAGCGGGAACGUUUUCUACAAGACCUGGUAGCUAAGGCAGUGCCUGGAAAGCUGCAGCCUCUGCUGGAUGGUCUGGAGCAGCUUAGUGUAUCUGGGGCAAACCGGCCACCGUGUAUCUUUGAGUGUCAGCUACGGCUUUGGGAUCAGUGGUUUCGAGGUUGGGCUGAUCAGGAGCGCAAUGAAUUUGUCAGACAGCUGGAGGUCAGUGAGCCAGAUUUUGUGGCAAAGUUUUACCAAGAAGUAGCUGCCACUGCCGGUAAAGACUGAUAGCCAAUCAGAUCAAGAAGAUAACUAUGUCUGAUCAAGCCAAAGACCAUGACUGUAGUGACAACUGAGUGCAAGUAUGUCACGUAGAGAUGUGCCUGACUGCUGGGCAGUGGUGUGCCUUGACUGCUGGGGUAGUGGUGUGCCCUUUCCUCCAGCACCAGGAGUAUGUCACUUAGAGAUGUGCCUGACGCUGGGGCAGUAGUGUGCCCUUUCCUCCAGCACCAGGAGUAUGUCACUUAGAGAUGUGCCUGACUGCUGGGGCAGUAGUGUACCCUUUCCUCCAGCACCAGGAGUAUGUCACUUAGAGAUGUGCCUGACUGCUGGGGUAGUGGUGUGCCCUUUCCUCCAGCACCAGGAGUAUGUCACUUAGAGAUGUGCCUGACUGCUGGGGUAGUGGUGUGCCCUUUCCUCCAGCACCAGGAGUAUGUCACUUAGAGAUGUGCCUGACUGCUGGGGUAGUGGUGUGCCCUUUUCUCCAGCACCAGGAGGCAGAGGCAGCCUAGCCUACAUAUCAAGUUCCAGGACAGCCAGUGCUACAAAGAGACCCUGCCCCUGGGGGAAGAAAAUCGUGUGAACUUCAUGAUGAGUGCCGGCACUGUUUUUAACUUAGUGAUGCCACCUGGACUCUGUAAAUGUCAUCCAUUUAGACAAAUCUGGUUAUGGCACGUACCUGCUUUAGCAGGAGAUGUAUAAAUUCAAGAAUUUAGUGACUUUUGUUACUAUAAGUAAAUGAACCUGUAUUUUAUAACUCAGGCCUACUGCUGGCCCAGAUAGCUGGUUUUACCACAUUCACACAACUCUAGUAUAAAAUGUGAUGUCCCAACUAUUGGAUUUUCCAGUGAUGAUUUAAUAAAUUAAGGAAAAUCAAGAGAGGAAAAUAAUUACUUGAUCCUGUGCAUUGUUUAACUCCAAAGAGCAAUGAAUGUUAGAGAAACAUCGAAUAGCAGCAACCUUUUCUAAAGCGUGUGUGAUGCACUUAGGGCUGGUGGCAAACGUUCCUGCUCUGCCAUUGGUCCACAACAGUCUGAAAAUAACUGAUGCUUCACAAAUUAAACUGUUGAUUUGUGGGGGAGUAUCAAAAUAAAGGAGAGUUCUUUACCAUAAGACUCCACAUUUUAUAUAUGGCAAGACUAUUGAAGAGUUGAUAUCCUGGC